AUGGAUGCGGCUCUUCCAAUUAUACUACUUUCCGUGAUUAUUGGAGCUUUGAUCGCAUUUAUAGUAUUCGGAAGCUAUUUCCGGAAGCGUAAAUCUGAAAUCGAAUCAAUUGCCCGACCCGAGUCGCUUAAUUCCAAUCCGAAACCUUCUUCAAAGCCUUCAACCACCAAAAAAUCGCAGCCCAAAUCUCACUCUCACUCGCACACUGCCGAUAAAGAUGUGGCCAAGAAGCAUCACCCGUUGGAUUUGAAUACGUUGAAAGGGCAUGGGGAUGCUGUUACAGGCCUAUGUUUUUCUCCAGAUGGGCGUAGUUUAGCAACUGCUUGUGGAGAUGGUAUUGUCAGGAUUUUCAGGUUGGAUGAUGUCUCAAGUAAAAGUUUCAAGUUUCUGAGAAUUAAUGUGCCUGCUGGUGGUCAUCCUAAAGCAGUGGUAUUUGCCGAUAACGCAUCAUCUGUGGUAGUGGCUUCCCAGACACUUACUGGUGCAUCUUUAUAUUUGUAUGGGGAGGAAAAUCUCAAGACAACUGGUGAACAGAAGCAGCAGGCUAAGCUUCCACUCCCUGAAAUUAAAUGGCAACACCAUAAAGUUCACGAUAAGAGGGCCAUCCUCACUUUGGUGGGAACUAAGGCAACUUAUGGCACUGCUGAUGGAAGCACAAUUAUUGCUUCAUGUUCUGAAGGUACUGACAUUAUACUUUGGCAUGGAAAAACUGGAAAGAUAUUGGGUAAUGUAGAUACAAAUCAGCUCAAAAACACAAUGGCCACCAUAUCUCCAAAUGGGCGUUUUAUUGCUGCCGCUGCUUUUACUGCUGAUGUGAAGGUUUGGGAAAUUGUCUAUUCAAAAGAUGGCUCAGUGAAGGAGAUUGUGAGAGUCAUGCAGCUCAAAGGACACAAGAGUGCGGUGACUUGGCUGUGCUUUUCUCCAAAUUCGGAACAAAUCAUCACUGUGUCCAAGGAUGGUUCGAUAAGAAUAUGGAAUAUCAAUGUUCGAUAUCAUCUAGAUGAGGACUCAAAGACUUUGAAGGUGUUGCCCAUUCCACUUUCUGAUUCAAAUGGCACGACUUUACACUAUGAUCGUCUCUGUCUUUCCCCCGAUGGAAAGAUAUUGGCAGCAACUCAUGGUUCAACACUGCAGUGGUUAUGUGCUGAGACGGGUCAGGUUUUGGACACGGUUGACAAGGCCCACGAUGGUGAGAUUACCGACUUGGCAUGGGCACCUACUACCGUUCCAAUAGAAAAUAGGCAAUCGUUGAUUUUAGCCACGGCCAGCGUUGACAAGAAAGUAAAGCUGUGGGCAGCCCCUCCGCAUCAUCCCUCGUGA